AUGAAGCAGACCAGGGCAAGCCAGGGCAGACCAGGUCCACCUCACCUCCAGACCUCCCCUAGCCAACAGCCUCCACCCCAGACCACCUUCAGUGGCAGCCAACAGCAAGCUCCACAAGCUCCACACGAUGCCUACAACUACGACCCGUCUCCACCCUCGUCCGAGCAGUUCCGACGAAGCUCGUACCAGCAACCAUCCACGAGUGCUCCUGCCUCAUCAGGAUCAGGAUCAAACAUGAUCACCGAGCAACUACCUCCACAACCAGUACAGCCUGGUAUGGGGCAAAGUCAAGGUCAGGCGCCACCAACGCAGCAGCAACCACCACCACAACAGCAAGAGCAGGCGUCACAGAGCAAUGAUAGCCCACAGUUUGACAUCUUCGAGUGGUACCCCAAAUACCAAUCCUGCCAACGCUAUUUUAACGCCCACGCCCAACACUCCGGCCAAGUCCAAGCUGUCGCCGCAUUCGUCAACAUACUCCUCCCCUUCCAACGUAUUGGCACCGGUGCCCCACAUUCCCACAGCGCCUCCACAAACCCCACCACCAGCUCCUUCACGCCUAUUUUCACAAACCCUCCUCCUCCGAGCCCUUCCUCCGCUGGUCCGCAGCCACCUCAUUUCACAAGCAUAUCCCUGAUACCCUACCUCCGCCGCCUUGUCGUGACGGGUCUAGACUUCCCAGGGGUGCUGCACGGCUUCUUUGGAGAUGACUGGGCGUCCGGAGUGGGGCCGCUUCACGAGCAAGAAAGAAGGAAUUAUCUGUUCGCCGCAAAGAGCGGAGGAUGGGCAUCUGUGAAGAGAGACUAUGACCUGUUGCCGCUAGAAACUGUCCCAUUCAUGCGACCGUUGAGCAGCCCAGUCGAGCAAGAAGUACAAGCGGCCGAGAAAGCGUGGAGCGAGUGGCUAGCGCUGGAAGAUUGGAUGGUUGGGGAAAGAGCGCCAGAGCAUUUGAGCGGGAACAGGGGCGAUCAGGGUCUCCAUGGUGUUGGAGGUGGUGGAAAUGGGAGAAUGAGCGGGCAGGAGGGUGCAGGGCCAAGGUGA